CAUGCGAUGAAUGUGUGUGUUAGAUAUAUUAUUAAUUUGCAGGUGGCGAUCAAGAUAAUAGACUUGACGUGCAUCAAGGAGGAGUACGCUCGCCGGAACCUGCACCGCGAGCCGAGGGUGAUGGCGCGGCUGCGGCACCCCUGCAUCGCCGCCCUCUACGAGACCAUGAUGCACGGGCCGCGGCUGUACGUGGUGAUGGAGGCGGCGGGCGGCGGCGACCUGUGCGCCCACGUGCUGGCGGCGCGCGGGCCGGCGCGCGGGCUGCCCGAGGCGCGCGCGCGCGCGCUGGCCGCGCAGCUGGUGUCGGCCGUGCGCCACAUGCACGCCCGCGGCGUCGUGCAUCGUGAUUUGAAAAUGGAGAAUAUUAUGCUGGAUAGUACGAAGCAAUUUAUCAAAAUUGUGGAUUUCGGUCUGUCAAACCUGUGGAGUGCGGGCGGGGCGCUGCGUACACCGUGCGGCUCCUUAGAAUAUGCAGCUCCGGAAUUGUUUGUCGAUGGCCGCCGGUACGGACCCGAAGUCGACCUUUGGAGCAUAGGAGUAAUAGUAUACGGCAUGGUGACAGGCGGGCUGCCGUUCACGGGGGCGGAGGGCGCGGCGGGCGGCGCGGGGCGCUCGCGGCCACAGCUGCGCGCGGCCAUCGCGCGCGGCUUCACGCGCAAGCAGCGCGCCGCACUCGCCUGCGUCUCCAAUGAAUGCAAGACGUUCGUCCAACAACUUUUGGAGCCGAACGUGGAGCUUCGUAUGAAGAUAGAGGAGGCGGCGCGCCACCGCUGGAUCAAGCGGCCCGGGAUGAGGAUGAAGGCGCACCCGUUUGGGGCAGUCGACCCUAAGGCUAACAGAGAGAUUUACAAACAAAUAUCGGAGGUGUGCAGUCAGACAGUGAUUGACGUGAUUGCACAAGUUAAAGCGGAACCUUUCGGUCCAUUGGGAGGCAUCUACAACAUCAAGACCCACCUCCAACAGAUCCAGGGCGUCCCAGGCGUGGAUCUGCUCUGGUCUUCAAACCCACAGGAGCCCAGACCCGCUUCCCCGCCAGAGUAUAGAGCCAUCUACGAACCCAGGCCCGACACUGCCCCAUCCAGCAGCAAAGCCUUAACACCUCCCCCCAACAGCAUAACACACACGAUGCCCAGAAAGGUGUUCACUGCAUCCACGCGGCAGAACGGAAUAGUCGCUAAGGAUGCCCUGAACGGACCAAUGAUCGGAUCGACCAACGGACCGAUGGCAAACGUCCACAAACUUCCACCGACGCGUCUGAUAAACAACUCGUGCCAAGUGACCAAGGACAUGCUGAACGCUCCACAACCCAAACCGACUAUGCCUGUGAAGCCUAUACAAACUGAUCAAAAGACCUUCAGGCACGAGGUAUUGAAGACUAGGAGUCAACCGUUGCAGAGUCCGAGGUUCACGAUGAUGAAUAGGCCGUAUACAGGAGUCUACGGGUUGAAGAAGCCGACGUACAAAGUGUAUGAUAGCGGGGACUGCGGCCUAGACCCACGGUUGCCAAGCAUUGACGAACAUUCCAACACGGAUUUGAACGAUAAGAACAAGAAAGCGAGGACUCCGUUCGUGAGGAAAGUGAACUUGGAGGAAGAGCGGCGACUGAGCAGUUGCCCCAACAGGAUGGGAGACGGGAAGCGACCCGACUUUUAUAGGCGAGCUGGCGACGCGCUACCAAAUUGGAGGACCGGAAUGUCUGUCAACACUCCGUCGGCACGGAUCCUGCUACAAAGCAACGCCACCACUAUCAAGCGAGCCUCCUUGGGAAACAUCGUGAGCCCGCAUUCUUCGUCAAACAGCCAUUGCAAAAGCGAACGAGCUAUGCCGGUGGCGUGGUUCUCGCGCGGCGCGGCGGCUGGCAAGGAUCCGUCGCCUCUACAGCGACUGCGCCGCACCGCGCCAAUGAAGUGACCAUUUAUUUUUCGAGUAGCUUAUUUUAUAAGAUUUUUUUCCUUUAAAUUCUUUAUGUGACACCUCGAAAUGUAAUUUUAAGCGAAUAAAACAGUUUUAUUCUAUUGUACAAGGCAUCGACUGUGUUUGGACGACGUUUUUUUUUAUACUAUGUAGUACUUUGGUGGAUUUUACAUUUACA